GUUGUCCAUUUCAACAAGUUAUGAGGGUGGACAUGGUCAUGUGCACUGCAGUGCAGUGCAGUGAUGAAGAGGAUAAGGGACGACGAAAAUUCUUCGCAAGAGGCGUGCAUGGGCACUCCCCAUGUGCAAUCAUGAAGAGGUUGCAUGACAGGCGAAGCUUCUUCCGGCCAGCCGCCGCGCUCCAGAAUUCAACGGCCAAGACUAGCGCACGCUUAAAUUGUUCCAUAAAAUGGCGGCACUCGGCGCCUCGGGUCAUUCAUCCAACCAUGUCCACGCUGAGAGCGCGGUGUGCGACGGCCGUCCUGGCCGUCGUCCUGGCGGCGGCCGCGGUCACGCCGGCCACGGCCGAGCAGUGCGGCUCGCAAGCCGGCGGCGCCAAGUGCGCCGACUGCCUGUGCUGCAGCCAGUUCGGGUUCUGCGGCACCACCUCCGACUACUGCGGCCCCCGCUGCCAGAGCCAGUGCACUGGCUGCGGUGGCGGCGGCGGCGGGGUGGCCUCCAUCGUGUCCAGGGACCUCUUCGAGCGGUUCCUGCUCCAUCGCAACGACGCAGCGUGCCUGGCCCGCGGGUUCUACACGUACGACGCCUUCUUGGCCGCCGCCGGCGCGUUCCCGGCCUUCGGCACCACCGGAGACCUGGACACGCGGAAGCGGGAGGUGGCGGCCUUCUUCGGCCAGACCUCUCACGAGACCACCGGCGGGUGGCCCACCGCGCCCGACGGCCCCUUCUCAUGGGGCUACUGCUUCAAGCAGGAGCAGGGCUCGCCGCCGAGCUACUGCGACCAGAGCGCCGACUGGCCGUGCGCACCCGGCAAGCAGUACUAUGGCCGCGGCCCCAUCCAGCUCACCCACAACUACAACUACGGACCGGCGGGCCGCGCAAUCGGGGUGGACCUGCUGAACAAUCCGGACCUGGUGGCCACGGACCCGACAGUGGCGUUCAAGACGGCGAUAUGGUUCUGGAUGACGACGCAGUCCAACAAGCCGUCGUGCCAUGACGUGAUCACGGGGCUGUGGACUCCGACGGCCAGGGAUAGCGCAGCCGGACGGGUACCCGGGUAUGGUGUCAUCACCAACGUCAUCAACGGCGGGAUCGAAUGCGGCAUGGGGCAGAACGACAAGGUGGCGGAUCGGAUCGGGUUCUACAAGCGCUAUUGUGACAUCUUCGGCAUCGGCUACGGGAAUAACCUCGACUGCUACAACCAAUUGUCGUUCAACGUUGGGCUCGCGGCACAGUGAGAUGGAUUUUCGGUGAUGCGCUUUCAGUGGGAGGAGACGUUUCCGUCGACUACGAGGCGCCUACGGUGACUUUGUAAAUUUCAAGAUGAUAUGCCGACUCAGUCUCUCGAAGGUGCUCAUAGGGGUAAGGUGUGCGUGUGUAUGUUCAUAGGGAUGAGCGUAUGCGCAUAUGUAUGAGCGCUUGCGUUUGUACUAUGUUAAAAAACACUUAUUUGAGACGGCUGAAGUACUCUACUAAUUUUGCUAAUAAAUUGACGAGUGUUUAGAGCAGAAAUGAAUUUACUUGCCCAUUUCUUUACUUCAAA